AACACGUGCGCUCGCCAUCUUGAAUUUUGCGAUAGAUUUUUUGAAAAUUCGGCCCUUGGAGGUUUGAAAAUGUCUUCCACACCACUUAUUGUUCUCAAUCAGAACACUAGACGGGAGUCUGGUCGUAGAGUUCAACUUGGAAAUGUAGAAGCAGCAAAGACUAUUGCAGACAUCAUUCGAACAUGUUUAGGACCCAAGGCAAUGUUGAAGAUGUUGAUGGAUCCCAUGGGUGGAAUCGUCAUGACAAAUGAUGGAAAUGCAAUUCUUCGUGAGAUUCAAGUACAGCACCCAGCUGCUAAGUCAAUGAUUGAGAUAAGCAGAACCCAAGAUGAAGAAGUUGGUGAUGGUACCACCUCUGUCAUUAUUUUGGCUGGUGAAAUGAUGUCAGUCGCCCAGCAGUUUCUUGAGGAUCAGAUGCAUCCCACAGUUAUUAUUGGAGCUUACAGGCAAGCCAUGGAUGACAUGCUUGAGAUUUUGAAAGAUCAAAUCAGCAUUCCAGUUGAUAUUGAAAAUAGAGAGGAAAUGUUGAAAAUUGUGAGAAGCUCUGUGGGAACAAAAUUUGUCCACCACUGGGGAGAUUUGGCCUGUAAUAUAGCUUUAGAUGCAGUACAGACUGUUGCAAGAGAUCAAGGAGACACAAAAGAGAUAGACAUAAAAAAUUAUGCCAAAGUUGAAAAGAUCCCAGGAGGUGAACUUGAAGAUUCAUGUGUUUUAUCUGGUGUCAUGGUUAACAAAGAUGUUACUCAUCCGAGAAUGAAAAGGAGAAUAGAAAAUCCUAGGAUAGUUCUUUUGGAUUGUUCUCUGGAGUACAAGAAAGGAGAGAGUCAAACUAGCUUAGAAAUAUCCCAGGAAGCAGACUUCAAUCGUAUUCUUCAGCUAGAAGAGGAGUAUAUCCAAAAAGUCUGUAGUGAGGUUAUAGCUUUAAAACCUGAUGUUGUGUUCACGGAAAAAGGAGUAUCAGAUCUUGCUCAGCAUUUCCUUGUGAAGAACGGUAUAACAGCAAUACGCCGUGUAAGGAAAACAGACAACAAUCGUAUUGCCCGCGCAUGUGGUGCAACUAUCGUGAACAGAACAGAAGAAUUGAAAGAAGAAGAUGUGGGGACUGGGGCUGGGUUAUUUGAAAUUAAAAAGUUUGGAGAUGAGUAUUUCUGUUUCGUGACUGAAUGCAAGAAUCCCAAGGCUUGCACAAUCUUGCUAAGAGGGGCCAGUAAAGACAUCUUAAAUGAGGUUGAACGUAACCUUCAUGAUGCCAUGAAUGUAGCCCGGAACGUCAUGUUGGACCCCAGACUAGUGCCAGGUGGUGGCGCUGCCGAGAUGGCUCUUGCCCAUGUGUUAACAGAGAAAGCUAAGUCGGUGGCAGGCGUUCAACAGUGGCCGUACAAAGCCGUUGCCAAAGCUCUGGAAGUGAUUCCACGUACUUUGAUCCAGAACUGUGGAGCUAACACCAUCAGAACUCUCACUGCACUCAGGGCGAAGCACGCGGUGGAUGGUAACACAACCUGGGGUGUCAAUGGCGAGACUGGUGAAAUCACGGACAUGAAUACUCUCGGCGUCUGGGACACUUAUUCUGUUAAAGCACAAACGUUCAAGACCGCCAUCGAGACGGCCAUGCUCUUGUUGCGGAUUGAUGACAUUGUGUCGGGAACAAAGAAAGCCAGUGGAAAAGAAGGUUCACAGUCUGGGGCUGCCCCUACUACGACGCCAGAAGAUUGAGACGAAUAACUAUACCGAACCAGCCUAGAGUCAUUAUCCUUACCAAUAAACCACCAGCUCAGUUUGUGCGAGCCCUUUCACGAUAACAAAAUUAGAUUUAUUGCGCUGAAUAGUUCUUCCAGCCACGAGAACUUAGCAUCUUAGUCUUUUAAUUACUAAAAUACCCGAAACCAAGAUUGCCAUCAGUCCCACAUGUGCAUGUCUUCAUGUGCAUGUCUUCAUGCGCAUGCCUUCAUGCGCAUGUGAAGAUAAUGGAGGACAUGAACCAUACCUUUCAUUUUCGAAAUACAACUGUAACAAAAAAAUGAGGAAAAUAACAACCAUUUUUCUGGUUUCUGAUUCAAAAUCUAUUUCGUUCGCUAAAGUGCUCGCAGCCUCUCUUGUGUAUUCCUUAAAGAUGGAAGUCGGUAGUGCGUUGAAAUAUAAUAAACCAACCAUGAAAAAA